AGGGGUUGUCCUGGUAAUGUUGUCCUAGCUUACAGCUUACAGCUCGAGGGUUGCUUCCCGUGCAUAGUACUGCAUACCCUACCCACCGGUACAGCUAUAUAAUAUCUGGCAAAAUCUCCCUGAUGCUACCGUUUCUGUCUUCCCUUGUUCUUGCUACCUCCGCUUCAGAUGCGCCAUCUUCCGCCAUAAAGCUUCACCUAAUACCAUCUUCUAAGGAGUGACAAUAAGAAUACACAAGAUGGCUGGAGGUGUUGUUAUCACGGGCACCACCGACGUGUCCCGCGUCGAAGCGCCCGUCACCGUCAAGGCCUAUUUGAUCUGUGCCUUCGCUGCCUUUGGUGGUAUCUUCUUCGGAUAUGAUACCGGUUGGAUGGGUGGCGUUCUUGCCAUGCCUUACUUUAUCUCUCUAUACACCGGAAUCCCCUACGAUUACAACCUCGUUAAUAGCGAUGGUACAAUUGGUGGCCCCAUCGGAGCUACCAAGGAAGAAUUCGUGCUCCCUGCGGCGACGCAAUCUCUGUUCACAUCUAUCUUGUCUUGCGGUACUUUCUUCGGCGCUCUUGUAGGUGGUGAUAUUGCAGACUUCAUCGGCCGUCGACCUACCAUUAUCAUGGGAUGCUUCCUCUUCAGCGCCGGUUGCAUCAUGCAGAUUGCCAGCUCCAACCAGGAGGUCCUAUUCGUCUUCGGUCGUUUGAUUGCUGGUGGAGGUGUCGGUUUUAUCUCCGCCGUCGUCAUUCUGUACAUGUCCGAGAUUGCACCCAAGAAGGUUCGCGGAGCUAUGGUCUCAGGAUAUCAGUUCUGCAUCACCAUUGGUAUCCUGCUUGCCAACUGCGUCGUCUACAGCACCCAAAACCGCCCCGACUCAGGCUCGUACAGAAUUCCCAUUGGUGUUCAGUUCCUCUGGGCUCUCGUUCUCGGUGUCGGUCUCUUCAUCCUCCCCGAGUCUCCCCGUUACUUUGUGAAGAAGGGCAGAAUCGAAGACGCUGCCAAGGCUCUCGCCUACGUCCGUGGCCAGCCCCUGGAAUCCGAGUACGUCAAGGACGAACUUGCCGAGAUCGUGGCCAACAACGAAUUCGAGAUGCUGCACCUCCCCCAGACGUCGUACCUUGGAUCUUGGUCUGCCUGCUUCAAGGGCUCUAUCAUGACUGGUAACAGCAGUCUGCGAAGAACCGUUCUCGGCAUUGCUCUUCAGGCGUUCCAACAGUUGACGGGUAUCAAUUUCAUCUUCUAUUUCGGACCUCCCUUCUUGAAGCAACUCGGAACGAUCUCCAACCCCUUCCUUAUCUCCCUCAUCACGACCCUCGUCAACGUCUUGUCGACCCCCAUCGCUUUCUACACCAUUGAGAAGUUCGGCCGUCGCGCUCUGCUACUUACCGGUGCCAGCGGUAUGAUCAUCGCUCAAUUCAUCGUCGGUGCCGUCGGUGUCACUCAGGGACAGGUUGAGGCCCACAACAACGCGGCCGUCCAAGCCAUGGUUGCCUUCAUCUGCAUCAACAUCGCCUUCUUCGCCACCACCUGGGGCCCCGUCGCCUGGGUCGUUGUCGGCGAGAUCUUCCCUCUGCCCAUCCGAUCCCGCGGUGUCGGUAUGUCCACCGCCUCCAACUGGUUCUGGAACACCAUCAUUGCCGUCAUCACCCCCUACCUCGUCGGCGCCGAUGAGGCCAACCUCGGCUCCAAGGUCUUCUUCCUGUGGGGCUCCCUGUGCACCCUCUCCCUGACCUUCGCCUACUUCUUCGUGCCCGAGCUCAAGGGUCUCUCCCUCGAGCAGGCCGAUAUGUGCAUGGCAGAAGUCAGCCCCCGCAACUCCGCCAAGUGGAAGCCCAGCCACACUUUCGCCGCCGAGAUGCACCACGUCGACGACGAGGCUGCCCUGGUCAACGAGCGGGUCGAGGAGAAGGUCUAAGAAGAUGGCCCUGUACUGUACCAGUCCCGCAGGUCUCGUCGCAUAGUUAUUGCUAUCUAUAAUCUACCUGCAUACUAUGUACGUGAGAGCCUAGCUAGCAAGCAAGCUUCAUCGGUUUGCUAUGCAGAUGCGGGUUUGUUGUUGGUCAGGCCUCUUUUUUUUUAAUAUAAAAAACUAGACUAGACUAGGUUAUAGAAAUGAAAGAAAACAUGUUAAAAUAUCUUUUUAACAUAAAUCUUUUUUGGACAAUAUGUAUAUCGCGUCUGCUAGGUUCUCGUUUGUAUGUGACCUACCUAUACUAAUUACAAUAUGAUACCUUGGAUUUAGAUGAUCCUUGCAUUAUAAUAUAUACAUCACUAGGUACCCCUUGAAUUGUUGAAU